AUGAAAAGAGGGGAUCGCGGUGAUCUGACUGACACCAAACUCGGAACCUUUCAGGUCUGGAUUACCAGCCCUCAACCUUCUGCGGCCUACAAGCGCAUCAGGAGUCGGAGAGACGGCCGGUCUCCAGCGCUGACUCCUGCUAAUCAUAGCAGGCAUCUUUGUCUGCUUUGGACCCCCUUUGGAGGUUCUCCACCACUACACCCAAUGCCUCUCGGGCAGUAUUGCAGAGUGGUGUCCAAGAUGGCAGAGAACACAGGCAGCCCCACAACCGAGGCCUACUUUGCGGCCUCUCAGGCAUGGCUGAAUUUAAUCCUCGACCGAUUCUGGGCAAAAUUGGCCGCACAGCAGCUGGGUACACCAAAACCUGACCAGCACACAGCUGAACCUGUGAAACUACAGACCUGCUUGCACAGACCCCCUAAUCACCCAUUGUCAUCAUGCAUCCAGAUGGACCAGUGGCGUCCCUGUAAGAUGCAAUGA